GUCACAGAUAGACGUUCGGAGGUUACACAAAAUGGCAGUUUUAGGAAAUCCACAGGGUUUAGUUUUCUUAGCUAGCUUUUCUUGGAGCAGUGGCAAUAACCAAGUCAUGUUUCUUUACUUUUUCUGUAGGUCACUGAUGGAAAAUUCUGCUCGGAGAAAACGAUUCCGUUCGUUCCCAGAUCUGCCUUCCAGUUCCCCCAAAUGUUUGAGCCAUCUUAUAACGAGAGCUUCGGCUCUAGAAGAUGCGGUGUUAUUGUGGUAGAGAAACACAGGCUUGCCAACCACCAGCCUGGGUAGAUGCUAUUCUGUGCUGUGCUGCUAAAUUGCUAGGCGACGUUAGGCGUGUCAAUCGACUUCUUGGGUGUCAGAUUUUUCACUGCACUCUGGGCUGAGAGGUACCUUCUGGCACGACACAGACCAUGGCAGCAGAUGUGGCCCAUGGGAGAGGUUACCUCCCCGGACCUUAGCCUCUCCCUGGCAGGGCCUUCCCCACAGAAGCAAGAAGGGGCUUUUCAAGUGGGAGGAGGAGGCCAGGAGCUUCCUCUCGGUCUACCCGGCCAGCGAGGGCCAAGCAGCGGCUCUCGGGCGCCGCGCGCUCUCAGGCGGGCUCUUGGCCGCGUUUACUCCGCAGCCCCUGCAGCUCGGACGCAGCUGAAAACCAGAGCCCAGCGGGCCCCUCCCGCCGCAGGAGACAAGGAAACCGCAGGAAGGAAAUGGAAACCGGCCCUUCUAGAAACAAAGUGCCCACGAGGGUGUUUCUCGGGUGGUCGGGCCCUGCGCUCCCAAACAGGAAGGGUCGGUUCGGUGGCAGUUCGAGUGCGGGUUUCGAGCUCAGGGGCAUUGAUCUCGUUUCUGCCGCGCCAACUGUUUUCACAAAACCCGCAGGACGAACAGCAAAGAACAAGGGGGGCAGGCGAGGCUAGUUCAGGUCGCCUCGUGGACGGCCACGGGCCGCAGCACGGGAAUUUGGUAUUAUUUUUCAAUCAAGUUUCUGUCUCGGGGGAACCACUGCCCGUCAAGCGGAGAAAAAGAGCAAGCGCAACGCCCAACCCUUUGGAGCGCCCGCGGGCGGGGCGCGGCACGGGCGAGGGCACUAUAUCUCCCAGCGGAGGAGCACACGGCAGUGUCGUCACACACGCCUCGAAACGCGCUCUGUAGCCGGUUGCUUAGUUGGCGCUGCUGAGGCUUCUUUCCUCGUUCAGUUU